AUGUCCCGCGCAAACCCUCCCAAUAACGCCUCGGCGUCGCGCAAGAUCUCUUUCAACGUCAGCGAGCAGUACGAUAUUCAGGAUGUUGUCGGCGAAGGUGCCUAUGGCGUUGUUUGCUCGGCCAUUCACAAACCAUCCGGCCAAAAAGUCGCCAUCAAGAAGAUUACACCCUUCGAUCAUUCCAUGUUUUGCCUCCGAACCCUCCGCGAAAUGAAGCUCCUCCGAUACUUUAACCAUGAAAACAUCAUCUCCAUCCUUGAUAUCCAGAAGCCCAGAGGCUAUGACUCGUUCAAUGAAGUCUAUCUCAUCCAAGAGCUCAUGGAGACGGACAUGCACCGAGUUAUCCGCACCCAGGACCUUUCCGACGACCACUGCCAAUACUUCAUCUACCAGACCCUGCGCGCGCUGAAGGCCAUGCACUCCGCCAAUGUCCUUCACAGAGACCUCAAGCCUUCCAACCUCCUCCUCAAUGCCAACUGCGACCUCAAGGUCUGCGAUUUCGGUCUUGCCAGAUCCGCCGCCUCGCAGGAGGACAAUUCUGGCUUCAUGACCGAAUACGUUGCCACUCGCUGGUACCGUGCGCCCGAAAUCAUGUUGACAUUCAAGGAGUACACCAAGGCCAUUGAUGUCUGGUCUGUCGGCUGCAUUCUCGCUGAAAUGCUCAGCGGGAAGCCUCUGUUCCCGGGCAAGGAUUAUCACCACCAGCUGACUUUGAUUCUCGACGUCCUUGGUACACCCACCAUGGAAGACUAUUACGGAAUCAAGUCUCGCCGCGCUCGCGAGUAUAUUCGCUCUCUACCCUUCAAGAAGAAGGUGCCGUUCCGCACGCUAUUCCCCAAGACGUCCGACCUGGCCCUUGACCUGCUGGAGAAGCUCCUGGCCUUUAACCCCGUGAAGCGCAUCACCGUGGAGGAGGCACUCAAGCACCCCUACCUCGAGCCCUACCACGACCCCGACGACGAGCCGACGGCGCCUCCCAUUCCCGAGGAAUUCUUUGACUUUGAUAAGCACAAGGACAGCCUGAGCAAGGAGGAGCUGAAGGCACUCAUCUACCAAGAAAUUAUGCGGUAA